AUACCGUUCUUCUCACUUCCUCCACCAUUCUUCACGCCGUCUCAUCCUUCGUUGCAGGAGCGCAGGUGUCGCCGCUAUCUCCUCCUCCAUUUCAGUGCUGCCGCCGCCGUGUUUCUUCUGCUCGUGCCGCCGCAGCCUCCUCCUAGUGAGUUUCAUUUGCACUGUCUACUCUCUUGUUGUCACUGAUGACAACUCCAGAAUUGUUUGCUCAAGAUGAAGAUGUGACUCAUGACAAAAUGCAGAUGCAAAGGUCAGAAAAGACUAAGUGGCCUGAUGGUCCAGAUAAAAAGAAUGACGGAGAGAAGAAGAAAAAGAAGAGGAAGAAAGAACAUAAAACCCAUAAGAACGAGCAAAAAGAAGAGACAGAAUCUGAGACAGAACCAUGGGCAAAGAAUGAAGAAAUAGAAACCGAGACAGAAACUUGCGUAAAGAAAGACAAGGGAAUAGAAAAGCAAAAGAAGAAAAAAGCUAAGUUGUUGGAGGGCAUUGAUGGAGAUAAUUGUGAAAGAGGGCCAGAUGAAGGGAAGGAGAAGAAGAAAAAGAAACAAAAAACUGAGGAUUCUAGAGACAAUUCUUUAUAUAUUAAGGAGAAGAAGAAGAAGAAAACUAAGUAUGUUGAGGGUGGAUCACAAGAAAAUGUUCAUGAAGGAGGAGACGGAUUGACGGAGAACGAGGACGUUGUUGGUCCUUCUGAAAGACCUUCUCCCAAGGGAUCAUCUAAUUAUGAAAGAGGGUCAGAUGGAGGGAAGGAGAAGAUGAAAAAGAAAAAGAAACAAAAAACUGAGGAUUCUAAAGAAAGUUCUUCACAUAUUAAGGAGGAGAAAAAGAGGAAGAAAACCGAGUAUGUUGAAGGUGGAUCACAAGAAAAGGUUCAUGGAGCAGGAACAGGAUUGACAGAGAACGAGGACAUUGGUCGUCCUUCUGAAAAACUUUCUCCCAAGGGAUCAUCUAACCGUAAACGAGGGCGAGAUGAAGGGAAGGAGAAGAAGAAAAAGAAACAAAAAACUGAGGAUUCUAGAGACAAUUCUUUAUCUAUUAAGAAGGAGAAGAAGAAGAAAACUAAGAAUGUUGAAGGUGCAUCACAAGAAAAGGUUCGUGAAGGAGGAGCAGGAUUGACAGAGAACGAGGACGUUGUUGGUCCUUCUGAAAGACCUUCUCCCAAGGGAUCAUCUAAGAAAGUCAGAUUUUCAGAAGAUGUUGAGAUUUUUCCAAUAGCUGAUGGCAAAAGUAGAAAAAAAACUAAGCAAGAAGAUGAUGGCAAAAGUAGAAAAAGUACUAAGCAAGAAGAUGAUGGUUUAAUAAGAGGCAAGCGGUUUUCCAAAGAAGAAGAUGAGAUAGUUAAAAUGGCUGUCAUGCAAUACAUUCAUGAACACGGGCUUGGUGAUGAAGGUCUCAAAAAGGUUCUUAAAUGUAGGGAGUUUCCUGAACUGAAAAAUUGUUGGAAGGACAUAGGAAAAUCCUUACCUUACAGACCUUAUUUGAGUGUAUACUAUAGAGCUCACAUCUUGUUUGAAAGGGACGAGUCGCGUAAAUGGACACCCGAAGAAUAUGAAAUUGUUCGUAAGUUUCACGAAAAAUAUGGAUCGGAUUGGAAAGGAUUGGCUGAUGCUCUUGGAAAACAUAGGUUUCAUGUGAAAGAUACAUGGCGACGAAUAAAACUCACCAAUAUGAAGAAAGGACGUUGGACACAAGACGAGUACCAGAAAUUAUUUGAUCUAGUUAACACAGACCUGCGAAACAAGGUUUCCGAGGAAAAAAUAUCCAAGCACGGAAUGCUACGUGACAAUAUCUGCUGGGGAGCAAUUAGCGACAAGUUGGCCACGAGAUCAAAUGCUCUUUGCUGCAUGAAAUGGUAUCGCCAGUUAACAUCACCAAUGGUUGCUGAGGGUGAAUGGGAAGAUGUCGAUGACUACCGACUUGUCGAUGCUCUGUCCAGCUUGGACGCUGUCUCCAUCGAAGAUGUGGAAUGGGACCAACUGCUUGAGCAUAGGGAUGGUGAUAUAUGUAGAAAGAGGUGGUCUCAGAUGAUCAAACACAUAGGUGAUAAUGGCAACAAGUCAUUUUCUGAACAAGUUGAACUGCUCUCCAAGCGAUAUAGCAUUGAUGUACUUGAAGCAAGAGAAGCCUUUGAUGAUGCACCUAUAGUUGAUUAAGCAAAACAUGGUUCAACGAGGAACUCAUAGCUUGCUUAUUCAUUGCAUCUCCAAAGUCUUCCUGUUCUGUCUUGAACUCUCGGUACUCGGAAAAGCUCUGUUUUUCGGCUUGUAAUCGGGUAAGAGCUUCAGUGUGAUCCCCAUACCUAUAAGUAGUAGACCUGUCGCAUGUUGUUCACUUAAUGGCUUUGUGAAUAUCAAGUAAGAUAGCAAUAAUGUCACUGCCUUUCUAGCUGUUGUUAUCUGUGACAGAAUUCAAUUGUUUUGAGGUGUUAGUAGGAUCAUAAUAAUUCAAAGUUUCAAUCCUAUUCUCAA